CCUCCAGGUCAAAUUAAGCCUGCCCCCCCCAAAAAAAAAUCAAACCAGAAUCUGAAAAAUCAGAAUCUCCCAAAUCAGAAAUCCCUCCUUCAACCAGACCUGCCAGAUUUAGGGAUAACAACCCCCCCACCCGGCAGUCAGACCCCACCCCAAUAAGUCUUGGAGGAGGGGCCCUGCUACUUGGUGUCCUCCCCCCCCUCCUACAAAUUGGUCCCAAUCCCUUACCUGGGCUGACACUGUUCAGGCUACCUCCUCCCCAUCCACCUGUCCUGAAUCUCUUUCUCUCCAGCCAUGGCCCUCUUCCGCCGCUGGGCUGCUUACCUGCAGGACCCGGAGAAAGUGGCCCGUUUCCAAAGGCUGUGUGGCGUGGAACCUGCCCUGGAAGAGGCGCAGGAGAAAAGCGCGUCUGACGUCCUCUUGGUCAACGGGAGCUGCCUGGCAACCCCAGAGAAUGGUGAAGGUGACAGGAGGUACCGGCUGCGGAGCGCCAGGGAUGCCGGGGAGAAAGGUGAGGGGUGGCACUCCAAUGGCAUGAAGAAUGGGGUGGUUCCCGGAGAAGCGGCAGAGUCCCAGCAGGGGCCUGCGGAGGAUGGGAAGCAGCACAGCUGGGGCAUGAAGAGGCAGCCCCGGCGCAACUCUCUGACGGGGGAGUCCGUGUGCCAAGCCUUCAGGAUCCGCAGCCGCUUCCUCUACUAUCUGUUCACCCUGGGCACGGAGCUAGGCAACGAGCUCUUCUAUAUACUCUUCUUCCCCUUCUGCAUCUGGAACGUGGAUGCCUGGAUGGGCCGGAGGCUCAUUAUCGUCUGGGUCUGGGUCAUGUAUCUGGGUCAGUGUACCAAGGACGUUAUCCGCUGGCCCCGGCCUGCCUCCCCACCGGUGGUGAAGCUGGAGAUCUUCUACAAUUCCGAGUACAGCAUGCCCUCCACCCACGCCAUGUCGGGCACGGCCAUCCCUUUGACGCUGGUUCUGCUCAGCUACGGACGGUGGCAGUAUCCAGUGUUAUAUGGGCUGCUUCUUGCUUUCUGCUGGUGUUCACUGGUUUGCUUUAGUCGGAUAUAUAUGGGAAUGCAUUCAGUUCUGGAUGUUAUUGCCGGAUUCCUUUAUGCUAUCCUCAUCUUGGCUGUCUUCCUUCCAGCUGUGGACCUAGUUGAUAACUUCAACUUAACCCACAAGUAUGCACCACUAAUAAUCAUCAGCCUCCAUCUUGCCCUGGGAAUUUUCUCCUUCACUCUGGACACCUGGAGUACAUCACGAGGGGACACAGCUCAGAUCCUGGGCUGUGGGGCUGGGGUUGCCUGUGGCUCGCAUGUGAACUACCUGCUGAGUUUGAUGCCCGAUCCUUCCCCAGAGGCACUUCCCCUGCCCGUUCCCUCCCUCACCGUGACUGUCCUUGGGAAAGCCAUGUUGCGAUUGUUGAUUGGCGUGGUGAUUCUGUUGCUAACAAAAACGGCCAUUUAGAAAGUCACCAUCCCGCUGGCGUGUAAGAUCUUCUGCAUACCGUAUGACAACAUCCGACAAGCCCGGCAGCGUAUGGAAGUAGAACUGCCGUAUCGUUACAUUACCUACGGAAUGGUGGGAUUCUUACUCAUGUUCCUGAUCCCUUCCCUGUUUUGCAUAAUGGGACUUUCUUGACGUUGCCAUUUACUUGAUGCGAGAAGGGAGGUGUGAAGCGUUAACACUUUUCCAGGAAAGGUGCACUUGUUUGAGAGAUGCAGAGAAAAAGUUGCUGCUGACAUAAUGGUUGGGAAGUAAAGAGCUCAGAUCCUGGCUGUUAAGACCUGGAAAUUUCCGGUCUCUAAAAAUGCCACCUGUAGUCUUACAAAAAAAGGGUAACAAAUGGUAAACACGCUGUGUGUAUGUCUGUGUGGAUACAUGGUGUUAAUGCCUCAGGCUAUAAACGUACCUCUCUUUCUUUCUUUGGAUACAUUAAAGCAGGUAUGUUUAUAGCUGACCCAAAAAUUCCAGCUGUGGUCAGUUUAAGCCAUUUCAUAUUAAGUUAUUUGUGUCUUUGGACAAUUCCCAAACGUAGGAAACCGUUCCCCUGCACCAACAUUCUGAUGUGAGAUCUGGCUUAGAGAAGAUAGCCUUCUAGGUCUGUUUCCAUCUUCUAAAAUUACUUUUAAUCUGUCAGUCCAAAACCAUUAGAUUCAGGUACUGUAUGUUUUGCUUGAUCAUUGUGCCUUUGUGUUGCUAAACUGAAAAAGCACCAUAUACUGUGAUGUAUAUACAAGAAAGCCCGUAACUUUAUUUUAAAUUUUUACUGAAUUAGGCAGAUACUUUAAAAUCUAGUUAGCCACAUAAACUAAUAAGGGUAAAGAUUUUAUCUUGUAUUUUAAAAGUAUGAAAACGCAGCGAGCUGAAACGUAUAUUGGGGUUCACUAGCUGUGAACAGAUGCUUAAUUCCUUUUUUUAAAAUAGAUAUUUUUAAGCACACUGUACGCUAUUGGAAGAGCAUAUAUUUUUCUGCUGAUUGUCUUAAUGUGUAAUAGAGGCCUAUUUUGUCCAAACAUAAGAGCUAAAAAUUACAAAUUGAAGCCAUGCUCACGUUCACUGCAAAUCGACCUCUCCCCACACUUGCAGUUUCUUCGGGUGCCGUUUUGACAAUAGUGAAUUUCAGUAGAAUCGUGCACAAAACUUGUUUAUUACAUUCUGUUAACGCUGCUUCCCAGCUUUGAGACGGUAGCGUUGUAUGGUCGAGACUGCGGCUGAUUGUCUGUGAAAACCGGGUGCUUCAGUGUCAGUUUAAGUUUUGCAAAAUCCCUCAGAAUGACCUUGGUGAAGACGGUACACUGGAUCAAAGCGAGGCAGCCCUGCCUAGCUUGUAGAUGGCAACCGUGGCCUAGAAAGAGAGCAGGGAAAACAAGUUUCCUGAGCCAGCAGGGCCUCCCAAUGUAGCUUGUGGCCCCUGGGAUCCCUGGAGACCAGCCUGAUAUUUUGAGCUGCAAGGAAGCAGCCGAGGAACAAGAGCCUUGUUAGCUCACCUCAACCUCUGCUUUCCGCAGAAACCGGAGAGCAAAGUCUUGACUGGCUGAAAUCUGUGCAAAGGCUGGCCCGAGGGCGAGCUGAGCCUUUGGCAAACAAGCAGAAUCGGUCGCAGCCUAAAGAGUGUGUGCAUCUCUGCAGAGUCUCCAGUCUUUCACAGUGGCCUACUUUUCUGAGUUAUCCUUUGCCAUUUGUGAAACACGACAGAACGAUCAAAGCCCGUGUUUCCCCGCGACUUUCAUUUUACUUCGGCUGCAUGACUAUUUUUUUUUUUAAGUUGGCCAAUACAUGGUCGCUCCUCAGCCGUGAAAUUCAGUAGGUCAUUUUGCCUCAGAAGUACAAUGGGUUGUGGCUUGCAGCACCGACUUCAUACCAUUUUCAGGAGGCUGCCACUGCAAUAUCUGAAUGCUGAAAUACAAGCACGGGUGGGUAUCGUGAACCUUACGGAGUGGUGGGUACAGAGUUUUGAAACCUGGGACAGGGUGGAAGCAUACUGUCCGUUAUUUUUUAUUUUUUUGGUAGUCGUGAACGUGUAGUUGGGAUUCUUUAUGUUCUUAUGAACUCAGCCUUGUUCUAAAAUAAAGAGCUUAGUAAUUAAGGCACUGCCUUUCUGUACAUCUCCUGCUAUGGCAAGUAAGUAGAUCCAUCUUUCAAUACAUACAUUUGGAGGUUUCUCGAAAUGUACAUUGCGGUGGUAAUGCUGUUACAAAUGUGAUCCGCAAGUACUCUGGCCUUGAUCCAACUAGUGAAGUAGGGGGGUUGUGACUGGAUUUUCCUUCGGAACCACAGCUCCGCAUGCCUCACAGUUGGCUGCUGUUGAAACUGAGGGACGGUCCAAAAGAAGUUUGUGUUUGGUCCUUCUGGUUGAAAGAAAGAAGCUUGCCGCAUUCCGUGGGACUUGCGUGAACCCUCUUGCCUGUGCCAAAGGCACCAUUGUUGAAUCUUGGCUGUUCAUCACUUGUAAACUGCCGACUUCAUUUUUAUUAGCUGCUAAAGGGGAACUUGCUUAGAAACGAGUAUCUAAGUAUCGGUGCACUUCCUUUCAGUCCCUUAGGCUGCAAUCCUGUGCCUACGUUCUGCCGAGUAAAUCCCAUUGCCCUCAAUGGUGCUUACUUUUGAGUCAGGAUACGUAGUUUGGCCUCAUUGGUAUAGGUAUUUGCUGAAUGUGCAUUAAAAGAAACAAACAGCUUUGGAGGGAACUCACGUAAUUAUAUCUUUCUCUUAAGACUAGAGAAGUCUCAGUAAGCAGCUGGGAAACAGAAUCGGUCCAUUUCAUAUAUCUGUGUCUAGUUAACUAAAAGUUAAAGCACAGCAGUGAGGACUGGAGUAUUCAAAGUUAUGUGCCUCCCAUCACAGUUUCAUUUAAUGCACUUGGCUUUUCUAAUAAAGAAUGUUAACGUGACCGGUAGAAAGGGCUAUACAGGGAAUGGCUGUUCUAAGUGAAUAACUUGCGGUCGUGUGUGGGAUUUCCUUUUCAAGUUGUAGCUAUGAAUGCAGAAAGAAAUGGUUUUGCUGAAAGAGCUAAUUUCCUUACGCAGAUGCUAAUGUGCCGUCUGUCUCCGGAUAUAUAUUUUUUUUAAUUGCACUGUAGCGUAUUCUACUGUUACUCUGUAAGUUAUUGUUAAUGCUGCCUCCAGUCUCUCUCAAAAUGUGAUAUCCCGCUUAACGUUUUUAAUUUAGUCUAUCUUACAAGAAUUUUGUUUAAAUUGGACUUGAAUGCCCUAACGGUAGAUCACAAGUAACGGUAGAUCACAAGUAUAUCUCUAUGAUUUGAAAAUAAAAUGAAAUGCUAGAA